CGCCGCUGCAGCCAUUUUCCUCUUGUUCCCAAACCGAUAGCUUUGACUCACAACAGCAAAGCUGAAUAACAGAUCACUCCCGUCUCCCAUCCCCUUCCUCUCCUAGCAAUCCUCUGCCGGAGUCCAAGCUCCAAUCAGAUCCGGACCCACCCCUCCCCCUCCGAAGAAGCCCUAGGCAUGCCCCGCAGCCGAUGAGGUCGCUCCGCCGGGUCCUCAUCCCGCUCGUCCUCCUCGCAGGACUCGUCUUCCGCGUGGACGACGGCGGCGGCGCGUUCCUCCCGCCCCCGCCCCCCGCGCUCCCCGCUCCCCCGCCCCGCCUCGCACUUAACGGAGAAGCGGCUCCGGAGGAUGAUGGGGCGGCGGUUUCCCGCUCCACGGAGAUCGUCGCGGCGGAGGCGCGCUCCACCGAGUUCGUCGCCCCAGCGAGGCCCAAGAAGCAGAGCUUCCGGGAGCUCCUUGUCCGGCCGCAGCCUGCGCGCCACGAGCCGGCUAGUUUGGUUACCGACGAGGCGAAAGCCGAAUCCAGGGGCUUUCUUGGUCUUAUCUCCAUAAUAAAAGCAUUUUGGGCCAUAUUCUUGUUUUGUGUUGAUCUGGAGCACGGAAGGAGGAGCCUUUGCUGAUUAGGUUUCUUAUAAUGUGGCCACUGGUUGGGCAUGAUACUUCCUGUGCUACCGAGGGCUACUCACUCAUGCUUAGCACAUUCUUGGGGGUUGGGGCAUCUGGAAGUGGCAUACCAGUUAUGCACCUUAUGGUUUGUUGGUAUUUCUGAUCGAAUGACUUUUGGUUCUCUUUGUCAACAGCUCUGUGCUUCAGUUUUGGGAUAAUGGCACAAUUCAGCUUGUGGACAAACUGUCGCAAUCUCCUCUGUGGGAGAUCACCACAGGGCCUCCACUAUCAGACCAGAUUAAUACCGCUGAGUCUGGUCUGAAUUACCUCAUUUAUCCUUUCAAUGAGAACAAGAACAUGAAUGGUACUGAACUUUGGGAGGUUUAUAAUGGGAACACCGUGAGGCUCCCAUGGAAAUUGGAGGAAUUCGUUGCCAGAAGCCCAUACAUUCGGGAUUCUGUUGUUACUAUUGGAUCAAAAGUUUCAACCGUUUUUGUUGUUGAUUCUGAUAGUGGUGAGAUUAUUUACAGGCACAGUAUUCCAGCUGUGUUAAAUGAAUUGGAAGGACCAGGGAUUGAAGGAACACCAUCCAAGCUAAAUGCCCGUACUAAUUAUGACAGCGAUAAUAUCAUGGUGCUUGUGAGAAAUGACUAUUCUCUUAGUGCAUCAGAUCUUGGCAAGCAUUUAUUUAACUGGACAAGAACUUCUUUCUCUGUGAAAUACAACCACCCUGACAUUCCAUGCAUCAGAAGUGAGGGUUUGCCACUUGCUUUACCUGAUUCACGUUCAGCUAAUGUAAUUGUCUUGAAAGAAGGUACCCCUUUUAUUUCCAUCCAUGGUUCUGAUGCCCUGGAACCAGUUCAAACCCCAAGGAAGCUACCAAACACUGCUGGGAAGUCAGAUAUCGUAUUGGAUGAUUCUCAAAAUCAAACGUAUGAUGGUGCUCGAUCUCAUGUCAUCUCUGCUGAUUCUGAAGCUACCGAAACCCCCACUAGGAACACUUAUGUAUGGUUAUUUUCUUUUUUCCCCAUAUUUUUGGUCAUUGGUUAUCUGUUGAGCUUGACCUCUGCAAGCAAGUCUUGCAGGCAAUUUGUGAUUCAGCUUAUUAAGCCAUUCACGCGCGACAAGAAAUCGGUGGACAUUAGAGGCAGGUCAGAGGGAUCUCCUAAAAGAAGAAAAACACGGAAGAAGGAUGGACUUGUCAAUAGCCCUGAGACCUUGACAGCAUCUGACAAGGAGUGCAGUGAAACUGGUGGGUCAACUGAGGCACCAAUGGAAAAUUCUGCACUAAAAGAUGCCCUUGGUGGUCGUCACAUUGGUAAACUAUAUGUCUCCAAUAAAGAAAUUGGUAGAGGGAGCAAUGGCACAGUUGUUUUUGAAGGAUCGUAUGAUGGUCGUCAAGUUGCUGUUAAACGUCUGCUGCGUUCCCACAAUGACAUAGCUGAAAAGGAGACUCAGAAUCUUAUUAUAUCUGAUCAUGAUCCAAAUAUUGUUAGACUAUAUGGUUGUGACUAUGACAGCGAUUUUGUUUAUAUCUCCCUUGAGAGGUGUCACUGCAGUUUGGCUGAUCUAAUUCAAAAACACUCAUAUCUGUCUUCUGGAGAGUCUGUUUCUAACAAUGAGGCCAGUUUCAGCAUCAAGUCAAAGAUUUCAAAUGUUAAGGGAAUGGAUGUGGAAUUGUGGACACAUGAUGGGCUUCCUUCAGCACAACUCCUGAAGCUGAUGAGAGAUGUGGUUGCUGGCCUUGUGCAUCUGCAUGACUUGGGAAUUAUUCAUCGUGAUUUGAAGCCUCAAAAUGUCUUAAUAAGCGCAGGAGGACCUAUUAGAGCAAAGCUUUCUGAUAUGGGUAUCAGUAAGCACCUGCAAGAUGACAUGACUUCUGUUAGCCAUCAUGGUACAGGAUUUGGAAGCUCUGGCUGGCGGGCACCUGAACAGCUUCGUCAUGGUCGUCAAACUCGUGCAAUGGAUCUUUUUAGUUUGGGCUGCCUUAUUUUCUAUUGUAUCACUAAAGGCAAGCAUCCGUUUGGUGAGUACUAUGAAAGGGAUGUGAACAUUGCAAACAAUCGCUUUGAUCUCUUUAUGGUGGACUACAUACCAGAAGCAGUCCAUCUUAUAUCUCAUUUGUUACAACCAAACCCAGAGGCAAGACCGACAGCAGUAUAUGUCAUGCACCAUCCACUCUUUUGGAGCCCUGAAUUGCGUCUUUCGUUUCUAAGGGAUACCAGUGACAGAAUUGAGAAAACCAGUGAAACUGACCUCAUAAACACACUGGAAAGCAUAGGAUCUUUGGCGUUUGGUGGAAAAUGGGGAGAGAAAUUGGAUGCUGCUUUGGUUACAGACAUGGGUCGUUAUAGAAAAUAUAACUUUGGGUCUAUUCGUGAUCUUCUGAGGUAUAUCAGAAAUAAAUCGGGUCAUUACAGAGAACUUUCAGAUGAUCUCAAGGGCAUACUUGGGUCACUACCAGAGGGGUUUGAUCGCUAUUUUGCUAGCCGAUUUCCAAAGUUGCUAAUUGAGGUGUACAAGGUCUUGUGGGUGCACUGCAAGGACGAGGAAGCUUUCAGUAAAUAUUUCAAAGGAAGUUAGUUAUAGCUGGAGAGGAUUGUCCUUUCCUACUGUACAUACUAACCCUGAUGUAGAACAAGUACAUGUGUACCAUAUGACUCGUAUUAUAGGAUAAAAAAGAGCUCAAUCUGUACAUUAUGCACCGGUAUGGUAGGACCGUGUCAUUUGCACAGCCUAAUGCUCUGAUGGCUUGGACAUUGUGCAUCGUGGAAUCUUCGUAAUCGUUGUGUGUUUGAUGAA